AAGGUAUUCACGACCACUUUUGAUAGCACCAAUUAUUCGUGUACUUGGUGAGAAGUUCUUGAAGAACACUUUCACAAUUGAAUCGACUCAUAAGGAUCAAGGAUGAAGGGAUGAAAAUGUGUAAUCAGACGGCGCAAAGCAGAUGUUACGAUGCAGCACCAUUUGACUAAACUGAAUAUCGACGUCACAUAAAAUUAUUACAGACGCUCAAAUUGGUAUUCUGAGCGUUUUUACACAUGACUUGCAUGAUAUUAACUAUUUGCGAAAUCUUAACGAGAAUCAACAGUUGAAAUAGAAACCGUGAAAACGGAAGCAUUCAGACGAAGUUAACUGAUAUCGAAGAUUUAUCACAGUUUUCUUUUCUGCUUUUUUAUGUUCAAUAAUUCUGCAAAAGAGCAAACCAACGUGGUAGAAACGUAAUAAAGCAUACCCAAGAAAAUAAUCAUUGAGAAGUAAUUGCCGGUAUAAUUACAGGUAUGGCCCUAUUAUGAAAAGUUUCUUCACCCUCAAACUCUUUGGACCAUGUUUGCAAACAUUCUAGUUCGCCGACCACGCACGUAUGCAUUCAUAAUUUGUGUUGCGUUUUUAAUAUUCUACAUUUGGUUCGCCAAUCGUGAUGGCAGAGACUGGAAUGACAAUUAUAUUAUGAAACUUGUAAACACUAGACUAUCUCUAAUAAUCAGCAAAACAGAGAGACCAAUCAUUGUGAAGGGUAAAAACCCUGGUCUCAUCCUAGACACGCCGGGAUGCAAAAUACCAAAGCUUGAUCCAUUCGAUCCAUCUGUGAUUGACCUCUAUGAGAAAACAGAAGUCUAUGAUUGCGCUGGCAGGCCCUUAUUUAUGCAUUCUCAGCCAGGUGGUUCAAUAGCAUUAAAUAAAACAGCAUUAAAAGUUCAUUACGAUGUGAAUCCCAAAGAUGUUUUCUGCGUCUACCGUGGCAUCUACCGGCUGCAUGAAAAAGCUGGGGAUGUGCGGGAAAACUCUUAUAGUUAUACUGAGUAUGAUAUACUUGAUUUCGAUGUCCCUCUUAAACAAGACCAUAUUGUCGUGAACUGCGAUAUUGGUGGGAAAGAGAAUUUCACUCAAUUUUUUCCCCUGGUGUAUCUCAAAAAAGAAGUUGAAUCGGUAAAAUCUAAAAUACCAGAACCGCCUUCCCGAUUAAAUGUCAUAAUACAUGCUAUUGAUUCAAUAUCAAAACUGAAUUUUUUGAGGCAUUUUAAGAAAACUAAACGCUUUAUAAAAGAGAAGGGGAACUUUUUCGACAUGAAAGGAUAUAACAAGGUCGGGGAUAACACAUUUCCGAAUUUGACGCCACUGCUUACAGGGCAGCACGUUGAAGCAAUCUGGAAUGAAAGUGUUAAAAACAGCAUGUUCUUUGAUGACGUCGAUAUCAUAUGGAAGAAAUACUCUGAAAAGGGAUUUAGAACAUUCUACGCUGAAGACAGCCCCUUUUUCGGAACAUUUAACUACGCAAGACGGGGUUUCAACAAUACACCAACAGAUUAUUACAUGCGCCCUUUAUACCUCGCUAUGCAUAAGUCAGAAUUGAGGAAGAAAAAGUAUUGGUAUUGCUUCAAUAAUCAGUUGGAACCAGAAAUCAUGUAUAACUACGUGGCAGAUUUCAUUGCAACUAUGGGAACAAGACCAUAUUUUACUUUUUCGAUUACAUCUUCUUUAACUCAUGAUUAUAUCAAUCACGCGGGCUAUGCUGAUGCUCCUGCAACAGAUUUCCUUGAAAAAAUUUGGACUAUGGGUGCACUGAACAACUCUGUCGUAAUCUUAUUUGGUGAUCAUGGUUUAAGAUUUGGGAAAAUUAGGAACAUCUACAUCGGAAAAUUCGAAGAAAGAAUGCCUUUUCUCUACGUGCAUUUUCCAACAUGGUUCCUGGAACAAAAUCCUGAUGUACACAAGAAUCUCAAAACCAAUACAGAACGUUUAGUGACACUUUUUGAUGUAUAUGCUACUAUGGUACACCUGCUGAAUCCCACUAAGAAACUAACACCACUGGAAAAAGUUAAGGUUUCACCAUAUGGAUUGAGUCUCAUGGAAGAAAUAUCGCCCUACAGAACUUGCGAAAAAGCAGGCAUUUUUCCGCAUUGGUGUACCUGUCAAGUAUUUCAAUACGUUUCUCCAAUGGAUCGAGAAAUAUUGCAGUCAGCUAAAGUGGUGAAGGAUCACUUGAAAAAUAUAACAAUAAAAUAUAAUCAAACUUGUGCAACUAUUAAUGUGGACGCUGUAAAGGAGGCAAAGUUAGGACAGCUAAAUGAUUUGGUUCUCCGAUUCCUUAAGCAUGAAGGUAUAAUACUUGAUAGAAGUGUUUCGUAUGGUGAAAGAAUAGUGAGAUACGAAGAUUUUUUAGUCACUAUCACAACAAAACCGUGUGGUGAUAUAUUUGAAGCUACUGUCAGACACAAUGUUGUGGACGAUUCUUAUGAUGUAGUAGAUGUUAAUAAUAUAGAUUUUGAUCCAAGCAUGCACAAUUGUAUAGAAGAUCAAAAACUUAGGCCUUUUUGUUGCUGCAAAUAGUAGGUUAAAUUAAUAUAAUAUGCACCGAAGAACCAUUACAUUAUGACCACCCUGCUAAUAACAUGUAGGACCACCUUUAGCCCUCAAAACUGCUAGCACCCGCCGUGGCAUUGAUUCCACAAGGUGCUGAUAGGUAGUCUGAGGUAUCUGGUACCAAACGCUCACCAAUUGGUCCUGCAAUUCCCUCACAUUGCGAGGGGAUAGCGUGACAGCACGAAUUUGGUUGUCCAAGUAGGACCACAAAUGCUCUAUUGGAAUAAGGUCGGGUGAAUUUGGGAGCCAAGACAUGACUUGAAAGUCACUGGAAUGUUCCUCGAAACAAUCCAUGACUAUUCGACCCUUAUGAAAUGGUGCAUUAUCCUGUUGGUAAGCACCAUCCCCCGCAGGAAAAACUGUUGCCAUGAAUGGGUGAACUAUGUUCAAGUAGCUUACAGACGUCAGGGAUUGUUCUAUGAGGAUUAUGGGUCAUAAUGUGCCCCAUGAAAACAUUGUUCCUGGGCGAGAAACCAUGAAAACCUGGGCGAGCCCAUUGUUAUAGAUGGAGGGUAGUCAUAAUGAUCAUUCAGAAUGUUAAAAGUAUCUCAGUAGUAACCAAUAUAAAUAAUACAAAACUACAUCACAGACGCACUUCAUUUAAAUGCUCUGCAUAGUUUCUCAAUAGAGGGGUGACUUGUUUUUUGUGCGAUGGGCGUACUGUGAAGAGAACAUAAGUGCUUACCGUUUUUUUCUACAAAUAGCAGAACUGACUGAAAAUAAAAAUGGAUGAUAAGAGUUAUUAGCAGUGUACUAAGAUGAAAUUGAAAAGCUGAGAUAAUGAUUUUUAAAGAAUCGUAUUGUCUUUUCAAGAAGAAUGCGUUUAUGUCAUCACACAAACUUGAGCUUAUCAGUGAAAGGUUGUGUCAUAAGCGUGAAAACUAGUCAUUUAAUUUUAAUCAUUAUGUAAGCCAUCAUUUUAAAAAAAAACUUUGCUAACUAAUGUGUGACAUUUCCCCAUCUCUCUUUUGAUCAUUAUAAUACAACAUGUUAAUGUCUUUGCUUGAAAUUCUGUGUAAAUAUCGCUAAUUUUAAAAUGCUUGUUUAAUCAUAUGAAAUCUGAGAUCGAACGUUAUAUGAAUCACAUAUUUUUAGACUUCAUACACUUUUUUUGUUUUAUAUUAUUUGUUUAUGUAAAUAAAUAUAUUAUUUAUCGCUUUAUUUAAAAUAUGCAUGUACAUUUUAAACAUUAUACUAUAUUUUCAGUAAACAAUUUACUUCAUUAAUCUUGCUGCACGUGUUAACAAAUAAAACUAAACUUUAUUUUUUUCAA